AUGUGGGAUAGCACGCAUCAUGCUGCUGGGCAUGACGAUUCUUGUUCAGACAAAGAAGAUCUUGAUAUACUAACUGCCAGUAGUCUAUCCGAAGAAGAAAUAGAAGAAGAAGAAAAAAGGACCACAGUGGCUACAGGUCCUUCUGAUCUGUUUCAAUUUCAUUUUGAAUUUGGUUCAAAGAGACCGCCUAGUACGACAGUCACCAACGACUUAUUGUCAUCAUCAUCAGAAGAAGAGUCUUUAAGUGAAUCUGAAGAUCAUGGAUGGGCAUUAGAUGAUUCUAGGUAUUUUCCUGCAGCAACAGAAGAAGCAUUAGCCACCUAUGAGAACAUUACAGCCAACAUCUAUAUUGGUUCAGCUACAGGUCGAUCCAUGGCAGAAGAGAGUAUGCCAUGUGAAUGUAAAUAUGACUCUGAAUUGGAUCCUCCUUUGGAUGCGUGUGGUGAUGAUAAUCGCUGUAUUAACCGUAUGAUGUUUAUGGAAUGUAUGGUACAAGAUUGUCCUUGUGGGCGAUUAUGUCGCAACAGACGAUUUCAACUUGGACAAUAUGCGCCUGUGGAUGUGAUCAAGACACAAAAAAAGGGAUUUGGGUUAAGAGCCUUGACGAAUUUACCACCUAAUUCGUUUAUUAUGGAAUACAUGGGUGAAGUGAUACCACAAAAAGUGUUUCUUGACCGUACUCGAGAAUAUGAUGCAGAAGGAUAUACACACUAUUAUUUCAUGACACUCAAGAAUGACGAGAUCAUUGAUGCUACUAAGCGAGGUUGUUUAGCUCGAUUUAUGAAUCAUUCUUGUAAUCCAAACUGUGUGACGCAGAAAUGGGUGAUUGGCAAGAAGAUGAGGAUUGGUAUCUUUACCAGUCGAUUUAUUACAGCAGGUGAAGAAUUAACGUUUGAUUAUAAAUUUGAACGUUACGGUACAGUGGCUCAAGCGUGUUAUUGUGGUGAAUUCAACUGUAAGGGAUACAUUGGUGCUUCUGAUAACAGCCAUGAAGACCAUGUAUUUGAACAUGUCAAGGUAUUCUCUUCUUCAGAGAAUGAUGAUUCUGAUUCUGAUGAUGAUGAUGAUGAUGAGGAAGUGGUCAAGCAAGCCAGACAAUUACAACCCUUACAAGAUCCCAACACGGUCCAGUCAUUUGUGAAACGGAUGUUGAAUUCAGUAGGCAAACCUCGCCUGGUCAACAAACUAUUGAUGCGACUCAAGAUGACCAAUGUCGAUCAUUCGCAUGGAAGAGAGAUACUCAAGAUGAUUGUCAGACUGCAUGGAUUAAAAAUGCUCAAGUUUUGGUUAGGAGAAUGGAAGUCGAAUGAGACAAUCGUGUUGAGAGUACUUCAGGUAUUAGAGAAACUACCUUUGGCCAAUCGAAAUGGACUGGAGGAUUGUCAGCUGUUUGAUGUUGUUCAGCGAUUUGUGGAUCAUGAUAAUGAAGAAAUCAGUCAAUUGUCUGAAUAUCUAUUGGCUUCAUGGAAUGAACUCAAGAGUGUCUAUCGUAUUCCUAAGCGAAUACAGGCUAAUACGCAUACUCAUACGACAACAACAACAACAACAACGACUAUCAUCACUGAUGAGACUACAGCAGAGAAGGUCACCAACAAGACCAAGAAACGAUUCAAGAAACGAAAACGAUAUGAAUCCAGUCGAGAAUUGUUUGAUCCAGACAAUGAUUAUCUUGAGUAUAUUCCAAUGGAUGCAACUUAUGAAGAUAUGGCAUUCAAACUACAGUUUCCACCUAUCAUCAAAAAGAACAAACAAGAGGCCAAUACCCCAUCACAGCCUCCCUCUGUAUAUCCCUUUUAUCCAACGUAUUAUUCACCCACAGACUACACGUAUUAUUACUAUUCUACUGAUCCAGAAGACUAUUCUUCUUCUCAUUCAUGGCAAACUGCAGUAACAGAACAAGGUGUUGUUUAUUACUAUAAUCUAUUGACUCAACAAACACAAUGGUAUAUACCACCUGAGCUUCAAUUACCACCCCCUCCACCUCCACCUCCACCUCCACCUCCACCUCCACCACCAUUCGAUCAACAAACAUCUACUCCACCUCCACCUCCACCUAUUACAAUCACAACAAAAAUAGAAUCCCCUCAUCAUUUACUGACACCUACAAGUGGUUCCAAUCAUGGUACAGAAGAAGAAGAUGAUUAUCUAAAUGAUAUUGAUCUUAAAAGAGAAGUGGGAAAAGUAGUAACAAAACACCUAAGUUCAAGACAACAACGACUAUGGAAAGGAGACAAGCAUUUGUUUAAAGAUUUAGCAAGAAAGUUAACACAUCAUAUUGUGGAUAAAGAGACACAAUCAGGCAGAAAGAUUAAAUCUAUGGAGAAUUCACUGCGGACAAAGAUUGAAAAGUUUAUUGAUACUUAUGGUGCUGAUGUAUGUCUUAAGAUUAGGCAGACAAAAAAGCCUUGA